AUGCCUGAUGAACAAGCGCUUUCCCCCGACGCUAUGAAGUUGGACUGCCUCAUAGACUCCCGCACGCUUAAACACCACUCUAACAACCGAAUAUCAUCCAGUGCGUGCUCAAGUAAGUUUUUGGUCAAUGGAACGUUCGAGGGAGGUUAUAUCCUUCAGAACAUUGAGGAUCCUGACAAUCACUAUUUGGUGGGUGAAUACUUCCUCACUACUGCUGCCGAUGGUAUAACCAACCAUGUAUCUAUUAGCAAAGAUGAUCUGGAAUUGAUAAUAGCGUCUAAUGAUGCACACAUUCGUUUUGUCGAUUUGCUGUCCAGUAAAAUCACUCAAUUCCAACUUCCAUUUGCCGUUAACUGUCUUGCGAUCAAUCAUCACAAUCCUAACGAAUACUUCAUCGCAGCAGAUGAUACGAAUAAUUUCAUUAUCGAUCGCAGGGCUAUGACCUCCGAGUCAAUUGACUCUUUUACAAGUUUCCGGGGCCAUACAGAUUACGGUUUCGGAUGUGAUUGGUCUCCUACAGACGAAAACAUGCUCCUAUCGGGAAAUCAAGACGGAACAGUUCGCUUAUGGGAUCGACGGAUGUCACACAAUUGUCUCUUCAGCUGGAGCAGUGCUUUGGGCUCUCUGGCAUAUGAUGUGGCCAGCGAAGCAUGCGGUGGCCCCGUAAGAAACUGCAAAUUCAGCUAUUAUGGCAAACAUGUGGUUUGGGCCGAAAGUUUGGAUCAUGUCGGCGUCUUGAAGGUGGACGAUCUACAUUCUGACUGCGACUUGGUUCUUCCAAGGGUACAGUCUAUUGAUUUUAUCGGCAAAUGUAUUGGGUUAAACAUGUGCCCCGUGGAUUCCGGACAGGGUGAGCGACUCAUUAUUGGGGUCAAUGAUUGUCCUCUUGGUGGCAUUCUCAAUUAUGAGUUGGAAGAUUCACGAAAGACUUUAGAUUUUGCUUUUCAGUUCUAA